GAGCUCAGAAGAACACACACACACACGUGCGCGCGCACACACACCUUCAGAUGCUGUAGACUCAGGACACACAGGUGAGACCCUCAGAACAGCAUCAUCUCUUGCUGAUAUCAUCGUCUCAUCGCUCCUCAGGUUUGCCUUGGGUUCAGUCUCUCAGCGCAGCAGCGUCUUUAACGUCUCCCAGAAAGAACAAAACGCAACUUUAUACUGUACUUCCUUCAGGACGAGCCACACUCCAGAGAGAAGACAAUCAUGUCGAGUCCCAACAGGUCUCACAUGUACCUCGAUGUCCCAGUUUUCCCAUACAGCCACACCGUAUCGUAUGCUGCUGGAGAAUAUUCCAAGACCUUCUGCGGUUUUCCCAGCGUGCCGGAGUGCCUGUCCCACUUUGACAUGCUGCUCUCUGAGGACUCAGCAAGGAUCAUGAUGAAGACAGACACGUUCAUGUACAUCGACAGUGAAGAGGAGCUGCUUCAGUGUAAGGAGGCGGGGCAGGACUCUGUGAUUGACAGCACAGCAGGACACCGAGCUCUGUGCGUGGGUGCGAGCGGACAGAUGGACGCAGAGGACAGGUGUCUGGAGCAGGUACAGAGUUUAGUACUGGAUGAGGUGCUGAAGGACAUCGAGACAGCAUGCAAACUUCUCAACAUCACUCCAGAUCCUGCAGAAUGGAGCUCAGGACAUGUGCAGAAAUGGUUGUUGUGGACGGAGCACCUGUACCGACUCCCGCAGGUGGGGAAAGCCUUCCAGUACCUCAGCGGCAGUGACCUGUGUGUGAUGAGCGAAGACGACUUCAGGCAGCGCUGCUCGCCGUACGGAGACGUGCUGUUCGCUCACCUCGACAUCUGGAAGUCCGCCGCCUGGAUGAAGGACAGAUGUUCUCCUCAAAACAGAGGCUUUAUUGGAGUGGAUGAGCUGUGUGCUGAAGCGGACUCGUCCUGUAGCGGGCAGCCCAUCCACCUGUGGCAGUUCCUCCGAGAGCUGCUCCUCAAACCACACAACUACGGACGCUACAUCCGCUGGCUUAACAAGGAGGAAGGAAUUUUUAAAAUUGAAGACUCAGCGCACGUCGCUAAACUGUGGGGGAUCAGGAAAAACCGUCCCGCGAUGAACUACGAUAAACUGAGCCGCUCCAUUCGCCAGUACUACAAGAAGGGCAUCAUUAAGAAGCCGGACGUGUCUCAGAGGCUGGUUUAUCAGUUCGUCCAGCCGGUGUGAGGACAUCAGCAGGGACACAUCUCACCCCAGGACACACUGGAACUCCUGGGUGGAGUUUCCAUGGAUUUGGACUUUCUUUGAUCCAUAUUUCAGUGACUCUCUUGAGAAGAAAUCAAACUGAAGACAAGGACAAGACUUUCGAAACAUUUUUAAACUUAAUGACUGAGUCCAUGACGGCAUUCAGCUUCCUGUUAAACCUGCCCCGGUUUAAUGAGAGUCCGGGUCAUGUGAUGAAGCUGAGGUACUGUUCCUGUCCUGACCGCUGAUUAUUUUCCCACAACAUCACGUCCCUGAGGGUUUUAUUCUUCUGACACCACAGCAACUUACCAGUGAUUUUUAUUUAUUGAAGAGUAAUGUGUCAUACUUUUUAUCCUUUUAUAGUUACACUUAAUGUUGUGCAGGUUACUUCCUGUUUUCACUGAUGUUACAGCAGCAAUAAACAAAAUCAUUCCCUCAGCAGUCUCUCUCUCUCUCUCUCUCUCUCUCUCUCUCUCUCUCUCUCUCUCUCUCUCUGUUCUCUCUCUCUCUC